AUGUCUGACCUAUUCGAAGACCCCCUCAAGCCCGAGAACAACCACGACAUGUCCCUAACCCCAUUCCACAUCUUCACCCUCGCCCUUUCCUCCCUCUCCCUCAUGCUCAACAACCUGCCCUCUUCUUCCCCGUUCGCCCCACUCUCAGGUCCAUGCACUCGCCUGACAGUCUUGCUCGUGCUCCUGCUCCUAGCUUACCAUGCUCUACUUUGGAUGAUCCAACAACACGAAGCUGACGUCAAGCGCGCACAUGCUAAAGAAGAGAGAAUGCAACACGACCCGUCAAAGAAGGGCGAAUUCAAAAAGAAGAAGAAUGACUGGGAACAUCAGUACGGCCACCCUUCGCACUACCUCACUACACGGGAUGGUAAACCGCGGCUCUUUCCAUUCCCGCUCGGGCUGGCUGGCGCUUCGUCGGCAUUGAAAGAGCUUUGGUGGGAAGCUGGCAACACACCCCACGUGGGGCACUACAAUCAGCGCGAGACGCCCGCUGCGCGUGAACAGAUGAGGAAAGAGAUGGAAGUCAAGGAGGCACAGAGGCAGAAAGAAGCGAAAAAGAGGCUGAAGGCGAUGGAAGGGGAGAGGACAAAGUGGCAGAAGCGGUUGACGCAUCUCAAGGUCAUCAUGGCCAUUGUCUGUGUCGGGCUUGUGAGCAAGACAUUGGCGAUAGGUUGUUUGGCAGCGUGGAUCUACUACGUCGUAGCAGCUCAACUAGCGGCCAUGCUCGCGGUCAAGAAAGAGGACGAAGAGAAACCGGCCAAAGAAAAGCAAAAGAUUCCUACUGGUCCUGGGAUGGCGCUCACAUACCUUUAUGAACCCGACGGCGACUGGGUCAAACCAGCAGGCAACAUUCCAACCAAGGCGCCUACCAAUCGUCUCAUGACUUCGUUCGAAAGCCGCUACGCCAUGUAA